AUGGUUCGUCAGGGCGCUUGGAGAAGAGUUCUGUUGGCCUCCUUGGCCUUUGGCUCGGCGCGAAGUAGCAGUUGCCAGGCCGGUGAUACCGGAUCCCUCCUGCAGAUGCACCAUCAUGACCAGGGUGACGAGAUUGAAGACAAGAUGGAGUGCACAAAAGUGCCGGCUCAUACGUGCAUGACCACACAGGGGCGAUACCCCUUCAAAGGUCAUGCACCAUACGACGAGAAUGGCGUCGAGGGCAAGGAGGAUCACCUGCCGGUCGGGGACUGCCCGUUGUGCAAUGGAGCCGGGAAUGGCGGAGCCACUCUCUUCGGUGUAGAGCGCUUUGACGGAAUGGGCGAGCGGGGUGCUGGCCUGAUCAAGAUGUUGGCCAUGGCCGACUACGCAAAGCUGAACUUCGGUGGGCUGCUUCCCAGUGGGAACGAGUCCUCGCACGGCGUCGACAUGCCGAAAAGCAUGUCGGUCUUGCUGGGAGCAGACUACGGCAAGCUUCUGGUGAAUAGGGAGAAUCCUCAGUUCGAUCACUGCUUUUACUCAGAGGAAGAGAUUUUCCUUGAUGCUGCGAAGAGCCCCCCCUGGUCGAACGGCCAGGCGGUGCUCUUUGCUACUUGCCGCACAGGGCCCUGGUACGCGGACGUUCUGCUCACCGACGAGUUCCGGAAGAAACUCCGUGAGUCCUCUCCUCUCAUGAGACAGAAAGUCCCCCACUUCGAGGGUGCGCUGAAAGAGGGUGGCAAGAUCACCGUCGCUAUGCAUGUCCGUCGCGGAGACCUGGAAACGGGCUCCUGGCGGGCAGUCCCAGACGAGACGCCCCUCGGGACGAACGGUGAAGGGAUCCCAAGCUCCGGCUUGGUCUUGGUGGUUGUUAAGAUCCGGGGGAUUCUGAAAUUAAACUUACUGGAGGGGUGCCUUAGUUAA